AUGGCCUCCAUCGAAUCACUCCUGAACCCCCUACCAUUCCCAGACGGCCGAACCGGGUCAAAACAUCACUAUGAAGACUCAUAUUUCCAUCCCAUUCUUUCAUCCUUCUCAGACCAUCAAAGGAGCAGCAGCAACAACUUCUGUCAACAGAACCAACCCAACAAAAAGCCAAGGGUAGCAAAAGAUGCCCCCGUCUUCAUCCCGGGAGACGUUAGAGGCGAAGUCCGCUAUCCACCUUGUGAAGAUCAAUCCGAAGGGUUGGCGGAAGAGCAUGCGAAAUUCAACAUUUUCCCCAAGGUGGAAGAGAUAGCCGACUAUCCGAGACAUAUUCCGUACAGUAGUGAGAAGAAGAGUUUGAUGGAGAAGACGGGGAGAGAGAGUUUUGAGGUGUUCCAAUAUACGUUCAAGCUACCUGGAGAUGAGAAGAUUUGGACAAUAAUGUGGGAUUACAAUAUUGGACUUGUUCGAACGACUCAUUUGUUCAAGUGCCUUGAUUAUCCGAAGACCACACCGGCGAAAAUGUUGAAUGCCAACGAGGGCCUUCGAGAUAUCUGUCACAGUAUCACAGGAGGCGCAUUAGCUGCACAAGGAUACUGGAUGCCCUUCGAAACAGCCAAAGCAGUCGCAGCAACCUUUUGCUACAGUAUCCGCUACGCAUUAACACCUGUCUUCGGCGCCGAUUUCCCAUCUCAAUGUCUACAGCCACCCGACCGGUUAUUUGGCAAGAUGACUAUUGACCCGGAGGUCAUCAAGAGAGCGACUGAGCUUUCCAGAAAAUAUUGCCAGUUAGAGUUUGAGUCGAAGAGGCUUAUGCAUGCUCAGAAUCGGUUGAUGUCGCCUGAGGAUAUGUCGAGGGGACCUGCCGCUGUCUGGACUGCCCACAGUACGGAGGGAUACGGCAUUUUCGGGGCUACUGGGCGAGUAGACGAAAGCAGCAACAACGCAUUCACACCCAUCAACCUAUCAAGGACUGCUGUCCCAUCGGAUUGCAGAGACUCUCGUAUUCACUGUCAUUCUGCUCAAUCCAAAUUACCGACACCAGACACGCUUCCAUCAAUCAAGGAAGCGUUGGGUGUCGAGAGCUUUGAGUAUCUCUGCUCCAAUCCUCUCAAACGGCGAUUAUUGAAUGAAACUUACGAACAUGACGUGAAAAGAGCGCAGAAACCUCUCAUCAACAUUGCAAGAUUACCUGUCUCGUUACGAAAACUUUGUGUUGAGAAUGGAGUUGAUAGUGGCGACGAUCAUGGUAAUGUCACUGAUGAACUGAACUUGGACGUCGACGACGCAUCAUCGAUCCAUUCUGAUUCCGACUUCGACUUGGGUUCAGAUGCUGUAUCUGAGUCGGACAUUGAUAGUUCGGCAUCAUACCUUUCGAGUAGUGAGGAUGACCGGAAGACUAGUCAAUCACGGCGCAGGGCCGAGCAGCGGAUAAGACAGCGUGUGAGAGAUCUCAGAAGCCGGAACGGAGCAACAAGGCCAUCAAGACUGACAAGAGGAACCCUCGGCACGAGGCAAUCAUCUCGCACAUCUCCACGAUACAAUUCCUCCUUACGCAACAAACAGGAGCAACGCAGACAGAUAUCCCCCUUUUCCCCCCCGCCGACAGCACCACUGUCGUCCUCAUCAUCGCCAACAUCGAUCAAACACCCAAAGACGAAGAGGAAGCAUGAUAACACUCGGGGUGACGACCUGACCGCUGCUGAAACACUUCUGGCUCUUCGCAGUGCAUCAAGUACCCUAAGCGAAGAUGAUGACGAAUCAUCAGACGGAAAGAACAAUCUUUCAAACCCAACAAAUCCAGCAGUCGAAGAACAAGACGGACGUGAGAGAAAAGUAUCCCUGAAACUUGCGCGAAGAAGGAGAAAACGCAGCGUCCAUCGCCAUCAUCAUCACUACCGGCAGCAGAAUCACCUGAAACGACAACAAAAGUAUGGUGCGAAAAGGAAGUUGGAACGGUUUAGUCUUGCUGUCAACUCCAAGUCGGAAUUACUUGGGCGGAUGGCUAAGAGAUUACGCAGGGCGAGUUUUUGA